AUGGCUUUGAACUGUGCGAUGAUUGAUGACUACCAGAACCCUGUCCCUCUCCCUCAUGAAGUGACCAUAACGAGCGUCGACUCUGGUGUCGAUCUUACUGUGAAAAUGCCGUCUUCCAGUCCUUCAGGUUCUGGUAGUUCCCUGAAGGCCACGGGUCGACUUUGGGUUACUGAUCAAAGGGUCUUGUUCAUAUCUAAGCCGAAAUCAUCCUUUGAGUCUCUAUCUGUCCCUCUACACUCUAUCCUCUCUACCAAGUUCAUGCAACCAACCUUUGGAGCGAAUUACUUGACCUUCGAAGCUAAGCCUGCGCCCGAAGGAGGUCUAAAGACUGGAACUGAGGUGGAGGUGCGGUUCAAGGGCCAAGCCAUGUUCCAGUUUGUGGCGCUCUUAGAAAAGACCAGGGAGAGGGCGAUCUAUAUGAAGCGACAGAUGGCGCAAGAUGAAGAUGUAUUGCCGAGGUACGACUCUCCUGCUCAGUCUAGCUCAGUGGUUUCGCCAAGCAACGACGCUACGGUCCCGGUGGAGAACCCACCGGCAUAUGGCGCGUAAUGGUUGUCUACAUCGUCUUUGUAAUAGUACUCCAUGGAAUCAUGCUUAAUCAAGACGCAGAGCAAACAGUGUAGUUCAGUCGAUACCAUUGUACUUAGUAACUCUGUUGUAGAUUUACCUGUAAAAGUAUUCUUUUUUGCUUGACAACUACAAAUGAUACUUAGUG